CGUCACGCAUUAUUCGUUCACAACUGCUCAAAAUGCGUCUUGAAGAUAGUCGAAGCAUCCUUGCAUUUGGAAUAACAAGGCUGCCUUCCCUAUCAAACACACGUUGUCGUAAUUGGUUUAAGUCUGUUAGAAAAAACGCAACACCGUCGAUUGUUUCGAACAACAAAAAGUGCUGCCAACUUGUCAAGAGUUGUCAAGACAACGAUUUCAAAGUAACUUCGGAAAGGUCGUUAUCUUCUUAUCGUUGUCGAAAGAACUCUUCAUACUCAUUUUGUUAUCAAAGACUAAAAAGGAUUGUUUCCCUUCAGAAAAGAGUUUUUGCGAAACAGCUGAAUCCCUUAAACUUCUUCUAUUCAUCGUCGUUAGCUGUUUUUCCUCUUCUGCUAAGUUUAUCCUCCACCACAUCAGGUAUCCGGUGUUAUUCCUUGCAGAAGUUUUUGGAAGCUUUUGAAGCUACUCUGCUUGCUCGAGUGAAAGGAAGAACUUUUUUUGUAACUGCGCUCUUGGCCACCCGCUACGAUCCACUUUUGGUUAUCUCUGGUUGCGUGGCUGCCCUUGUGAUUACUUCAAUGCUUGCCUAUUUUGUAUCCAUAAGUGGGUUGGAAGAAGUUUUAUAUCUCGUACCAUUUUCAUGGGUACAUUAUGGCGCUGUCAUUUUAUUCUUAGGCUUUGGUGCUCAGUUGAUUCGAUACUCAGAUAGGUUGUCGGAAGAAGAAGAACAUGCCAUUGAAAGCCAAGAGUUGAUUGGUGCAGAGUCUCAAAUGAAGACGUUUAAAGGAGACAUAGGCGAAGAGAAAACUUCCAAUAUCUUUCUCCAAAUUUUAGGAAUGACGAUUCUUUCGGAAUGGUGUGGAAAUGCGAUGUCCACAGUUAUGUCCAUUUCUACCAUUCAUAAUGUUCUUCCAGUUCUUUCUGGUGUUAUUUUGUCAAAUAUAGUUUCAACAACACUGAUUGUUUUUCUCGUUUGGUUACUGAUGAGAAAACUAUCAGCAAAACGAGCGACCAAUGUAUCUGGGAUCACUUUAAUAGGUUUAGCGCUGUUUUAUUUGUUUCGGGGACCUUCACAGUCAUAAAACACCAAGUUAAGGAUUACUUAAAACCACAUUUUGGAAUAACCAGUUCCUCUGCACCGUCGGCAUAAUAAUUUUCCUCUUCCCAUACAAGCUUUGCACUUUUUGGGUCCUUGAUCGUCCAAGUUGAUGAAACCUUUACCCUUACAAACAAAACACUGUGCUCCACCUUGUCCAGCACAUAUAUCACAAAGCUCCAACUUGCCCUGUGUUUGAUUCCACUUAGGAAAGAAAUAAGACGGCUAAUAAAAUAACUCACCCUGCCAAUAACUGUUGUUAUAACUACAGAGAAUACACUUAGUAUUAAAAGACACCAGUCUCCUUGGUCCAAAUGUUUGAUAGGGAUAAACAAACAUUUAUGUUGUAUGCGGUUUAACUGCAAUCUCAUUAAGGUCAUUCGUAACCCCACAAAUUGAAAUGUGAAGUGUUAUUUUGUAUUCUUCGGUUGGAUAUUCUAACAACAUGAUAGGCUUUACUUGUUCUUUUUCCUUUCCAACUUGCUAUCAUCUAAGCAGAUGUUUUCGACAGCAUGGUUUACGCUACGAU